GCGUGGAGCGCGUGGGUUCCAUUAUUCGCGGGCGAUGGAGGCGCUGGCGGGACUGGCCGGGCUGUUCGCUGCCGUCCCUCCCGCCGCCGUUGGCGGCCUCGGUCUCUGUGCUACCGGGGCCUUGCUCUACAGAGCGGUCACCAGGAAGAAGCCAACCCAUGUGAAGGUGAACUGCUGGUUCUGCAGCCAGGAUACAACUGUACCCUAUGGGAACAGGAACUGCUGGGAUUGUCCAAACUGCGAGCAGUACAAUGGCUUCCAAGAGAAUGGUGAUUACAAUAAGCCAAUCCCUGCUCAGUAUAUGGAACAUUUGAACCACAUGGUGACCAGUUGGGCAACUCCUUCGCAAGCCUCCAAAAUUCAGCAAUGGCCAAAUGGACAAAUUCUCUUCUGUAAGAAAUGCAACAGCAACCAGCCUCUGAAGAUCAAGCAAUUGGCUUCCUUUGUGCCCAGAGAUGAGGAUAAAUAUGAAGAAGAAAUAGAGGUGUAUAAACACCAUCUUGAACAGACUUACAAGCUGUGCCGUCCCUGUCAGGCAGCGGUGGAAUAUUAUAUUAAACACCAAGACCGGCAGAUUCGGGCAAUUCUCUUUGACCAUCAGCUUCGUCGUCGAGAGACGGACAAAACCUUUGUGCAGAGUUCCCAUUAUUCCAGCCUUUCUACUCCAUUCAGAGUAUUAUUCCUUCGAUUUGUGGCCUUUGUCUGUUGCGCUGUAUUGGUUGCCAUGGCAGUUUAUGGAUCAGGUGGUCCACAUGGAAUCCAAAAGACCACCACUGAAAUGCCUGCGCCUGAUCUGCUACUGCGUCCGUCCAACGAUAUCAACGAAACCAUUCCUCCAUCAGAGCACAUUGCUGUCCUGAAUGCCACUGCCUGGCAAGAGCUGCUGGAGAUGGUGCCAGAGGAAAUGGUGAUCAACCUGCAAGCUGUCUGGGUCUAUGGGAAGAACCACCAAAUGGCUGUUGUUGCCACUGGCGUCCUCACUUGCUUAUUGGCUGUACUUCUGGCCGGACGUAUAAGGUUGCGGAGAAUUGAUGCAGUGGCUUCCCUUCUUUGGCUGGUGGUGAUGAGUUUGUAUUUGGUGGAGAGUUACCUGCAGACCGAUGUUCCUGGCUGGCUUGACACUCUGAAAUUCAGCACCACCUCCUUGUGUUGCUUAGUGGGAUUCACUGCAGCCAUCGCUACUCGGAAGUCAACUGGCCAUCGGCAAUACAGGGCGCGAAGGUACAUGUCUGGUGAAUCGAUCAAUUCCUUCUGUGGUGACGGUGCACUCUCAUCACGUGGUUCAACGCCGGUCUCGUUCAUCCCUGUACCUCCCAGUAUUCCUCAACUGGCAAGACAGCAACUCUAUAAAACUGCCAGACGUAAUUCCCCUGGCUCGCUUCCUGGUCGCCUGAACAGAGCUCUGUCCCUGGGCACCAUCCCACCUCUCACUCGGACAGAUUCGGGCUACUUGUUCAGCGGAAGUCGGCCAACGUCACAGGUGACUCUGUUCAAGGAUUCGCCUCCUUCAGAUUACUUCUCUUUAAAGUCUGGAAGCCGACCUUCAUCUCCCUCAAUGUCACCAGCUCCAUCCGUGGCGGGGUCAGUGACGUCUAGUUCUGGCUCCUUGCAUCUCAGACGCCCCCUCAUCAGCCCAGCUCGGCUCAACCUCACGGGACAAAGACUCAAGUUGUUCACAGAGCACAACGCAGUCCAGCAAAGCUCAAUAAAGUUGGCUUGUAAAGCCCGUCCCACACCAAACCUGUCGGAGGAAGCCAACGUAUGCAGCAAUAAUCUGGUGCAGGAUACAACACGGCUGUCUUCUCACAGUCACGACGCCAAGUCUGUUGAAGGUGGGAGCAUGUACAGUGAGCCUACUGGCCAUAGGAAGGACAGCUCUUCGAGGUCCUCUGCAUGUAUGGUAGAUACCACCACCAAUGUGGUCAACCACCAGGCAAUGGACAGUAGCAGAGGCUGGAAAGGACUUUGCGGAAAUAUCCUGUGGAAGAGUCUUCUGGGAUUAAGCCUGACUGCAAACGUGGUCUUCGCAUCAGUCUACAUCUAUCAAGGCCUAUACUGAUCAGAAAACAACUCAAGCACACAUUCUGAAGAGAGUUAAUCCAAUCAGCUGCUCCUUGACAGAACUCCGCACUGCAGAUGACCUUAAGGACUUUACGUCGUGAGUCAAGCAUCUCAUCGCCCUUAUUGAAGAUUAAUGGGUGUAGGCAGGUUAGGAGGAGGAGGUGGGGUGGAUGUCAGGCUGUUAGCCUCUCCAUGGUGAUUGGAAUCUGCCAUCAGUUCCUGCACCCCUUUAAUUUCUGCAAAAUGUUGACUGAUGCUCAUUGUGCGGACAACAGAAGGUAUUAAUGUGGCGUACAACUGCAUCGGGUCAAGAUAAAGAAAUUGCAACUGCCUAUUUGUGACAUGAUUAAGUUGAUCUUUUUAUUAUGUAUGUAUUUUAAGGCUGCUGCAGCCAGGUUUUGCUUAAAGGUUCAUACCUGAGGACAUUUUUUCAAUCAGUGUACCUAUAUUUUGUUGCUUUGUUGUUCAUACCUUGGUAAGCAAAAUGGACUCAACAUCAAAGCAUUGUUCAAUAUUUACUAAUCAGGGAAGAGAUGAUGUGUGGUGGUAGCAUUGGGUAGAAUUUAGGGUAAUCUAACAUGUCUAGAUUGUGUCUAUUAAUGGACUUUCCCAGCUAUUUAUAUGGAUUUGAAUCAGUUUAACACUUUGUGGGCUAUUGGGCAAAGGGCCUCAAUGGAAAAAAUGUUGUGUAAAAAUGUUGAUGGAAAGUUUGGAAAAGCUCUUUUCAACUUUGACUACUUGCUUUCUUCAUCAGAAGGGGAAAGUUCAGCACAUCACUCAAGUUUACAGCCUUCGACUUACUCUUCAAGUGGUAAAGGCUUGAAUAAUUCCACCAAUGGGUAAUUUGGUAGGAAUUCGGAAAAAGCAGCAGAAGUUUCUAAAGAGACACAUUUUGCUUAUUAGAAGAUUUCUUCUUCAGUUUACUCUUGGCAAGUGUUGAUCAAUCCACUUUAUUGGUUAUUAACUCUUCAAAAGUGGAAGCUUCAAGUAGAGUAAUGAACUUCAUUUGGAGAAAAAUUUGGAACUGCACCGGCAAGGAUUAAAGUUGUAUUCCAUUAUGCACAUACUUUCAUGAAACAAAACGACCUCCUACAGCUCAACUUAACUGCCAAGUCAAAUCAACCACAGCAAAUGACGUUCUCUGCAACCAAACUAAUGGGUUCCAAGGGAUCCUUCUUCAUUUCUCUUCAAUCAAUUGGCUUUAUAUAGUGGAACAUUUGAAAUUGAAGGCAAAUGUAAAACAAUUUCUGAAGGGGAAAGGACUGGAGGCUGAGUGUGUAGCUAUCAUCUGAAACAUUGCUUUGGCUUCCAGAUCUCACACUUUGCCUUUGUUGUCUGCUGUAGGUAAGGGAAUGCUUCUGAAGGAUAUUGAAAUGUAGGCUGGUUGAUUGGUACAAUUGUUUUUAAAAAAAAUGUUCAUAGGCUGUAAAGUUAUCAGUUAAUAGAAAUGAAUCUUCUAUCUCAAAGCAGAUAUAAAGUCAGUAUUGGUGAGUAAGGCUAAUUAGUCCAGUUUGCUGCUGGUCUUUGAAGGAGUUUGAAUCUAGAAAGCAACUUUACAAUAUUCAUUGGUAUCCCUUCAGCUGGAGUAGACAUACCUUGUUUUUGUUGAGGAGACUGUUCAAGGCCAAUGAUCAGAGAAAUGAACUGUCUACAUGGUCCAGAAUGGAUACACAGUUUGCAAACUAUUGAUUUGUGUGAGUAAGUGAUGGAUAGCAUACAGCUGUGAGGUUAUCUAUAUGUUCUCUUCAGGCUUGAGGAUGAUCUGUGUCCACUAUUAUGAGGUGUGGAAGAUGCAUGUGUGUGAAUCCUUUAACGUGGGGUGGUCGUUGUAAGCCAGCUACCUCAUGGUCCUGACUGCUGAGGUCUUGGUUCAAUGGCAAGGAUGUCCAAGAUGAUUGGAGACCAUGUUCUCCUGCACUGACCUUAUCAAGUCGAGGAGCGCACACAAUCACUGACUAAUACUCUAACCACAUCCAGGUGCAGGAGAUCAAAUGGCGAAGGAGGAGGGGUAGGGAUUAGUGGGAGAGAGGUGUGUCUGGUUGGACGGUGAGGAGAAGGGAAGGUGGAGGUAUUGGGAAAAGGGUGAAGGGGAGUGAGCAAGGGUUUGGAGAGGAAAAGGGGGGUGAGAGAAGAUGGGACAUAGAGGAAGGUUGGUUGGGGAGGUGGGGGGCGGUUUAAAGAAGAGAGCAUGUGUUUGUGUCCACCCAUGUGUGUGGUUAGAUAGUGAGUAAGCAGUUGAGUCUGCGUUUCUGGAUAAAACUUUAGUUAUAAACAUACAGAAAGGUGACAAUUCCAAGGGGGAAAAUCUUUAGAAAAAAGAAUAUUUUCUGACACAGAUUUUCUGACCUUAUCCGCUUGUGUUGGCCGCCAACAGUUGUGUUGGUAUACCAGCAACUUAUAGAUCAACAACACUAUUCUAGUUCCCUAAUCUGAUUCACUGGUUAAUUCUGCCUCUGCAAGUCCUCAUUUAUUUGCCUUCAGUUUACUUGUCCCACAAGGCAACAGGUUAGUGGAGGACCAGUGUCCACAAGAAGUAUUGAAACUUGCCACCAAAGUCCAAUAUCUGUUCAAAGCAACAGGCCUAACUUAAAGGCUGCUUCCUAUCAACACUUUGGCUCCAACCUAUGCCAUCAAGCAUUGUACGCAUGGACAAUCUGUGCACCAUUACUCCCAUCUAUGACAGGUGCUAUUUUUGGAGAAGGUGCUGGAACACAGUCCACAAAAACACUUGGGGUUUUUAUUGGUAAAUGAAGCACUGCCCUCAGUAUGGCUGAGCACUGAAUUCUGAAAUUGAAUCAGUAUUAUGUACUUGUAUUAAUGGACCAAAUUGCUGUACAGAUUAUAUUUGUAAUUUGAGUGAUAGAGCCUAGUUUUGAGGUUGAAAUGAAAAUGAAUCUAUUAUUUUCCAAUUGGAUAA